GUGAUACUGCAGGAGGAGCGGUGAUCCGGUAUUCCAUUUUAUAUAUUUAUUCCAGUCUCUGAUACAUAUUCUUAUUUCCAGUCAUGGCGGAAUCAUCAACCUCCGCUGCGGCUUCGGCUCAGACACAGUCUGCUGCGCCAAAAAGUGUCCCCAAACCACAGAACCCAGCCCUCAAAAUGAUGGGUCUGCCCCAUUUCCGUUUCAAACUUCCCUCCCGGAACUGGAUGAUUUUUCUCACCAUCACCGGAUCCUUCACUGCCGCCAUAAUUUACGACCGUAGAGAGAAGAAGCGCGCGCAGAAGAAAUGGUGUGACCUCGUAGCCCAUCUCUCUAAGGAAGCCCUCCCUAUCGAAGAGACACGUCGAAAACUGACCGUGUUCCUGUCCGCGCCGCCCGGGGAUGGCCUCCGCACCGCUCGCGAACAUUUCAAGGAAUACGUCAAGCCGAUUCUGGUAGCCGCUGCGCUGGAUUACAAUGUCAUCGAAGGAAGAAGGGAAGGCGACGUAAGAGCCGCCUUUGCAGAGCAGAUCCGCAAGCAGAGACGCCGCGCAGGCGAGCCCAGUUCUGUAACAACAGAGACCACCGUCGAGGACGUCGUUGCUGAAGCCAGAAAGAGCAUCGGAGUAAAGGAAGAGCCCGGUCCACGAGGAGACCUUGUCAUCGGCCGACACACAUGGAAGGAAUACAUUCGCGGUCUUCACGAGGGCUGGCUUGGUCCUCUUGACCCUCCCCAGCCGCCCGUUGAACUCCCCACCGAACAACCCACAGAGGCACCGGCACCAACAACACCGCCGCCCACCGAAGGAACGACUACCGCAACCCCAGAAACCCCGGGAGAAAAUAAAGACACCCAAGAACCUAAGAAAGAAGAGGAAAAGAAGCCCGAGAAACCCAAGGGCCCAACCCCCGCCUAUCUCGCCCCCGUCGACUACUCCUCCCAACCGCUCCCCCCAUCCAUGCCCUCAACUCUCGACGGCGCCAACCCAAUCAGCUUCCCCCACAUCCUCGGCUUCCUCAACACCCCAAUUAGAAUCUACCGCUAUCUGAACCAGCGCCACCUCGCUGACAGCGUCGGCCGCGACGUCGCGGGCAUCGUCCUCGCCUCCUACGCACGCCCAUACGACGAGGGCUUCUCCACCCCCAGUGGAGAAGCCCCCAUAGGCGGUACCUACGAGCAACAAAGCCAACUCGAAGAAGAAGAGGGCGACUGGCAUAAAUCCGUGCACAAGAAGGACGAGGCCAACCCCGAUAAAGAACGCGAGUGGCUUGACGACAUCACUCUGGACCCGCGCAUCGCCGGCCGCAUGCAGCGAUACGUUCUCAGCCCCGAAGAAGAAGCUCGCGCGGAGCGAAUCGUCCAGGGAACCGAGUAUAUUCUUGGUGAGGAACGGCCCGAACAUGUUUCGUUUUGGCAGCGGGCGUGGAUCAAGUAUGGCUACGGAGAGGAUCCGGAGGUUGCGAAGCGGAAACCCAUUCUUGGGGAUUUAGAUGGGGAGGAGUAAGUAGGUAGAUGAUCCAAGGGGAGAAAAGGGAAUGAAUGGUAGGGAUGGGGUGGAUUGGUCGAUGACGGUUUAGAGAUGGGAUAGAUAAGAUAUUUGGUUGUUGGGAUUGCAUAGAAAGAGCAGGUCCUGAACUGUACCAUCAAACUCCGAUACACUGUAUAUUAGUUCAUGCAUAUUUUUGUUCACUAAUUUCACGCAUCAAUUUCUCGC